GAUAGCCGCACCUGUGCUUCAAGGCAGCCCAGAACCCAUGCUCUCCACGUGACUCAACUUCUAGCCUGUGCGGUUCCUCAUUAUUGUUUCCUGGUGUGUGCUCUGCUUUUGUUUCUCCAGGAGCCCAGACCAGUUACACCUGUACUGCCUCCCUGCCUCCCCUCCAAGGUCUCACAGGCCCUCCUUGCCAGCUCAGACUUCUUGCUAAAGUGGGCACACCCAGGGUCGGGAGAUAGAGCUGUUGCCUUGCUAAUUAAAAGCCCUGGAGUUCCUUACUGGCUCUCAGUGCCUGCUGAUGCAGCUGCGGCCAAAGCUUUGAUUCCAGAGACAAGAAGGUCUUCAGGACAAAGGGCCAGGCAACAAUGGAUUCUUCUUCACAAUCUAGUGAAUUUUUUCUUCCUCAAGAAAACUCUGAAGAAGCCAAAGAAAGACAGAUAUAUCCCAGAACCUACAAGAUCCAUGAUUCCCAACAGAUGGUGUGGGUCCUAACAGGAAAUUCUUUAAUGGCAGUGCCUGCUAGCAACAACGUCAAACCCGUCGUCCUUAGCUUGAUAGCAUGUAGAGACUCAGAAUUCCAAGAUGCCGCAAAAGGUAAUCUAGUUCUCCUGGGGAUUGAAAGUAAAAGUCUCUGCCUCUUCUGUGCUGAAAUCAGUGGCACACCGACUUUGCAGCUUAAGAAUGUAGACAUCAUGGAGAUGUACAAUGUGGACAAAGUACAGAAAGCCUAUCUAUUCUACCACAGCAAAGAGGGCUCCACUUCUACCUUCCAGUCAGUCUCCUAUCCUGGCUGGUUCAUAGCGUCCUCUUCCACAGCAAGACAAGCAAUCAUUCUCACACAGCAGAGGGGUGAAGCUAAUAACACCAACUUCUACUUAGAGCCUGAGGAUUAAAAUCCAGUAUGGGCCAUAUGUGGCUGAGUCCAGGACAAAGAAUCAAAGUGGUGGAGAGUCUUUUACUUGAAAACACAACAAGCCAUCUUAAAAGACCACUGUAUCACCUCUUCUCCAGACAUCCGUUUCUGAAGGGUCACUCAUCUGAACAUCAUUCCUGUGUGAAGCCCAAGAAUCGCUUUUAUCCUUUCUUGAUCUUGUCUCACCAUCAGCUACCAAGUACAGUCAAGUCAUAGUCGCCUUACAUCCAACUCUCCCUCCCUGUUCUCACAGAAGCCAAUGGUGCAGAGAAGUCAAUUCCAAAGAGUCAAUGCAAGAUUCUUCCUUCUUAACUUUAUUAUGUUUAUUGUAAAUAUGAUAAAUACCUAAAAGAUAAGUCUCAAGAAUAAGGCCAUAUAAAAGAUCAUUUUUAUCUGUCUUGAUGAUCAUGAUAUAUUCAGAAAUUAUCAGUUAAUAAUUUGACACAUAGCAUACACUUUUAUUAUGGUGAUUGUCAACCUAAGUGAAUAAAAAAUAAAUCCAAA